UUUCUAGCAACAGUGCGAAAAUUUCAAGAGCAAAAUGAGGCCCAUCAAGCACACCGAGCAAAGAUAGCUGAAGAACAUGCCCUGACUCUUGAGAAGAAGGAGCAGGAGUGGCUGACAAAGAUUGCGAGUCUCGAAGAGGAAAAGAAUUGGCUGUCCAGUCAAAUAGAUAUCAUGAAAAAUAAGAGUAUUGCCUCUUUCCAAAAAACAGAAGAUUUGGAUGACCUUGAAGUAUUUCAGCAACAAGAAAUGUUGAAAAUCAAACACAUGCUGUUAAAUAAAGAAGAGUUAUUGAGUCAAGUACAAGAAGAAGUGAAAUCUCUAAGGACACAGUUGGUGGUAUCACGAGCUGAAUGUCAAGAUGCCCAAGAAUUAUUAGCCAGACUAAAGGGGGAUCUUCAAAACCUGCAGGAGGAAAAUUACAAGCUGUCUCAGCAGAGGACAGAGCUGACGGCAGCUCAGGAGGGUGCAGAAAUAAAGAUUACAGAACUGGAACAGAGGCAGCAGGAACUGCAAAACUUCAUUCAAAAUCUUUCUUUAGACUUGCAGAAGGCUCAGUCUGUUGGCUGUAGCGGUGAGAAGAGAUUAACUGAAGUCCAGGAAAAGUAUGAAGCACUAAAUUUGCAUCAUGAACAGUUUAAGUCCAAGGUGGGAGUUGAAAUUGAAGAAAAGAACUUAUUAAUAGGGCAACUUCAGACAGACAGAGUCAAUAUGUUGGAAAAGCCUCUUACAGGAAGUUCCUCUGGUGAUGGACUGCAGGAGCUGCUGAAGGAGGAGGAUUCAAGCAGCAGUGAAGCUAUGAUUGUGGUGAUAACCAAGGCUCUGGAGGAAACUCCAAAAGAGAAGGAAGAUCUUCUGCAGCAGGUUACAAACUUAAAUGCUCAAAUUGAAGAGAAUACUCAGGAAGUCUCAGAAAAGAAUGAAGAACUAACUAGAAAAGAUGAGGAAACUGCUAAUUUAAAGACAGAAUAUGAUGCCCUUCUAUUACAAAUGCAGCAGCUGCACUCAGACCUGGAGAUACACAAAAACAGGGCAGCCCACAGUGAGGAGUUUUCAGCAAGACAUGCCAGUUCUAUUAGGGAUCAGCUACAAGAACAGAAGGCAGUCCUGUUGGAUACUGACUCACAGGUCUCUGCUGUGCAUGAACCUCUCACGGGCACUUCCAGCCGGGAAUUUAAUGGUGGACUCAAUGUAAGUGACGUUAUGCAGUUACAGAGGGAGAACCGGGAGCUGGAGCAACAGAUUGCAGAAAAAAAUAAGACUAUUAAACAGCUUCAACAGAGGAUGGUGGAACUAAAGAAGACUUUACAGAAAGAGCUGAAACUAAAACCAGAGCCAGAGGUAACUGAUGUGCGAGAGAAGCCAAAUCCUGAUCCACUGACAACCUCCCUCACUGUGACCAGCUCAUCUGACCUUACUGACUCACGAGAGAUGAACUUUGAGUACUUGAAACAUGUUGUGUUAAAGUUUAUGUCUGCGCGGGAAGCAGAG